UUUACUGUUGCCGCUCAUUUGUGUGUUGUGCCAUCGCUUCUGCUCCGUUUGUUUUAUCACGACCUGUAGCCAGACUUGACGAUAGAAUCGACAGAAGCCCUCAGAUAAACCUACAAGUAAACGUUGCAUCGUCGCAAGAACCAAACGCUGAAGGCAAACAUGCAGAGCUCUACAUCAGGGCUCGUGUCAAGACUAGUGCAAGUCUGCGCCCGCGACUCUGGUGGGGCGAGUGCGUCGACAUCAGCUGCAUUUUCUUUGUUAUGGAGCGCGCAAAGCGCGCAACGCGGAAUGGCUGUACAGGUGGAGGUGAAGGAUAAUCGUGUACAGCAAGCGCUAUCAGAGCUAAAUCGCAAGCGUGAGGAGGCCGGCAUCCCCGAGGAGCUGCGCAAGCGGAGAUACCACAUGAACGGUAGUGAGAAGCGGUUCUUGCGGGAAAAGCGAGCGUAUAAGCACGCGGUGGGAGAGGUGGUGUCCGAGCGUGUCAAAUGGCUGAUGAUGCGGAAGAAGGGGGGCCAGUGAAGCAGCCACUGGGGUCCUCUUUUGACAAUGAUACUGUGAAGGGGUUAUGAGAGGGCUGUUGUGAAGGGGGCAUUGGGAAACGUGUACGGGUGGGCCGUGUGUUGUGCACGGGCUAACACCGUGAGUGUGUCAGAGGUACUGUGUUGUGGUGGAUGCUGCCUUGCUGGUGCCGGUUGCAUGAGCCCCGAUUCGGGCCUUGGCGAGCGUGUCGGUGGGUACAAGCAGUACACACUCGUUGCCCAAAACGGCUAGUUGCACUGCUGCCACGUUUGGCAUAGCUUGAGGGCGCGGUGACGCCGCCUUGUGAUGCUAGUGCACAGCAGGCGCGUGUGGCAUCAGUUCAUGUGUGGUGCGGCCAUUUUGUUUGCACGUCAUGGUUCUUCAGGUACAGGCUGACUUGCCUGCUCGACGGCCUUGCGACCCCGGCAUGCACCGUGUAGCUGCUUGCAUUGGUAGCCCGCUGGCACAUCAGCACACGAAUUUAGUAACACUGUUGUGUGCAUGCUCUUGCCAAGGAUGGCAGCGGAAGUGUCGGGCUGUCACUUCACUGGUCAUCCGCAUCCUUAAGUGGCAUGUGCGGUGGGGGGAGGAGUGAUGUGCCAGCUGAUGUCGACCAGUUCUGCAGGUGCUAGGCGGCUGAGCACGAACGGCAACGUAUGGGCUACACUAGACAGUGCUAAUGGCUUUAACUGCUUUGCAUUCGCGCGGUGAAAGGGACAGUGCUGGCCUGCUGGGGCAAUGUAGGGACAGUGAAUGGCUGGUCGCCUGGUGGCUGCGCUGACACUCGUGUAGCCUGGUGGCACUUCCGUUUGCGGUUUCUAGCAACAUGUGCAGGAGUCGCCACCAAAAAGGAAUGUAACAUAGCUGGAGU